CUCGUGACAUAUUUCUUUUUGUCUGAAAUUAUGUUGAUGAGAGAGAGACCAAAAUAUUUCGUAAAGAGAAGCAAACGGGAAAGACUAUUUAUGAGGAGGUAUGUUUUGACUUUUGACUAAUGUCAGAAAAUACAUUGGGGUUAAAAUGUAAAAAAUAGAAACAGAGGGGUAAAUAUGUUAUUAAUCUAUUUAAAAUCUUUAUUGAAAAGACCAUGAUUUUUUUUUAAAUGGUAAUAAAAAAUCAACUUAUCAAAAAAAAAAAAAUCAAGUUAUGGAAUAGAAAAUUACUGUUUACAACACUAAUGAGAUGCUAAACAAAAGAGAAUGUAAUCAGAAAUGGCAUUAAAUGCAUUAAACAACAUUAGUCAGCAAACACUACAAGAUAGAGACAGAGGGAAAGUGAGCGUUUCUUUAGAGCAAAGUACUUUUCCGUCUUAAAAAGUGGAAUACUUUCUCGAAUCCUGAAGAUUCCAUAUAGAAGAAGAGCUUCUCACUUUACCCAUUUUAAAUCAGAGAGACUCAGUUUUUUUCAUUUAGUUCAAGCUAUGUCGAUGCUCAAAGCCUUAUCCUUUGUUUUCGUUUUGUUGUGCUUCGAGAUUCAUGAAACCAUGGCUGCAGAUGGGAACUCCUCGUUUUCGUUUGAUGGGUUCGCAAAGUCUCCGAGUCUUGACAAGCACGUUGCUUUGUCUGGUGAUUCGAAGCUUGUCAGUGACGGUUCUUCGAUUCAGCUGACUGACUCGGUGAGUGGAAGCGUGGGAGGAGUCGUUUACACGAAACCCAUCAAGCUUCUCCAAGGUAAAGAGAGUAGGAACUCGUUAUCUUUCUCGAGUUACUUCUCCUUCUCGAUGCCUAAUGAGGUUGGUGAUGUCAUGGCCUUUGUAAUGGUUCCAAGUGGUUUGGAUCUUGGCCUCUUCGGUAAGAAAGAUAACAGUUCCUCUGCGUUAGAGUUUCUGUUUGAGUACGCAAAGAACGAGACAGUUGCUGCUUUUGAGUUUGAUAUAUCCAAAAGAGGAAACCGUGCGAGAGUCUUGGUAGGUAAACCUGAAUCUUCCGAAAUUAGAAACCUUUCCUUUGAGGGUGACUUGUUGAUGGAGAGUGGAGGGAGGUUGAACUGUAUGGUUGAGUAUGAAGCAAGUUCUAAGAGAGUAAUGGUUCGAUUCAGAAAGCCAGGUUCGGUUAAGUUGUUAGAUCCAUUCUUCUCCUUCUCGGUUGACUUGGGGGAGCUAUGGAGUGAUGGUGAGUUCGUUGUGUGUUUAAGCUCUGCAAACGGGAACUCUUCCAAUGCACAUUUGCUUCAUUCAUGGAGGUUUGAGAUAAGGCAGCCAACGCCGGUGUGGAUGCAUUCACUGCCGCUUGAACCGAAUCAAGCGAUAGAGGCUGACGUUUCCACGGAGGGGGAAGAGGAUGUUGAGAGAAACGAGUGCAUAUGGAGAAUGUUUGGUGUUUGGGUCUUGGGUGCAGUGUUUGGAGCGUUAGGGGUAACGCUGGCUUUGUAUCUAUGGACGAUAUGCGGUCUGAGGCGGUCAAUGGCGGUGGUGGUACCAGAGGAAUGUCAUGUGAAAGGGUUGAGUGUUGCGGUGGGUGGUAUUGAAGAAGGCAAGAAGUAGUGAAGUACUUUGGUUUGGUUUUGGAAGCUUGUCUUAAUGUUGUAGUGUAAAUGUAGACCCUUUCUUCUACUCUCUAGUUCCUUGUCUCUAAUGACUUUUGUGUGGACUUGAAUCAGUUUAAUUUGUAAAACCACUAUGAAAAGAAGGCUUAAGCUUAUUAUCUUGCGAAAUUUAACUGAUUCA